CCGGUUUAUAUAAGGAAGCAAACGACCCAACCCUUUUUUUUUAUUCCCCUGGUCUUCUUUUCACGUUUUAGUCUCUAUCUUGUGCCCCACGCUUCUUUUCUUCUCUUCCGUCGGUUCGUGGCUGAAAUUUGAAGCUUUCAAGUUUGAAUAUUGAAGUCUCAAGUGUCCUCUUUUGCUGGUUCUUUCUCUUCUCUUCUAUUCUGUGGUAUUUUUUUCCUCUAUUUUUUUUAUUGGAUAUUAUAUUGGUGGGAAAAAUGAGUCAGAAUCAGAAUAAGAAAAAAAAGGAAGCUGACAUUACAUGGAAACAUUGUGAAAGUGUUCCUCCCCAUAGACUUAUGGUUAAAUGCAAAUACUGUUCACAUCAAUGUUGGGGUGGAGUAGCCAGGAUGAAACAUCAUUUGGCAGGAACCAGAGAAAAUGUGAGUCCAUGUACAAGUGUUCCCGAUGAAGUUAAAAAGUUGUUUGUUAAAAUGCUAGAAAAUAAAGAAAAAAAUAAAGAUGCUAUUAGUGUUGAAAUAUUUGAAGAAACAACUGCUCAAGAUGCUAAGGGGAAGGAAGGGACAUCAAAAACUAUCAAACAAAAAACAAUGAAUGAGAUGGUAAAAGAUAGAGAUUUAGUAAUUCAAGAUAUUUGUAAAUGCAUCUAUGGUAAUGCUUUACCAUUCAAUUUGGUAAGAAGUCCACUAUUUAUUCAAAUGUUAAAAUCUGUUGGUGAAUAUGGUAGGGGUUUGAAACCUCCAAGUUAUCAUGAGGUGAGAGUUUCUCAUUUAAAAAAAGCUGUUGAUAAAAUUCAAGAAAGUUUAGUGAAGUAUAAGAAGGAUUGGGAGAAAUGGGGUUGUACUUUGAUGUGUGAUGGUUGGACUGAUGGUAAAAGGAGGUCUCUUACUAAUUUUUUAGUUAAUAGUCCUAGUGGGACAGUCUUCCUAAAGUCAGUGGACACAAGUAGUGUGAUUAAAGAUGCUAAACAAAUGUUUGAAUUACUAGACAAUAUGAUUGAGGAAAUUGGAGAGGAUAAUGUGGUGCAAGUUGUGACAGAUGGUGCCUCAAAUCUUGUGGCAGCAAGGAAGAUGUUAGAAGAGAAGAGAAAAAAAUUAUUUUGGUCUCCUUGUGCAGCUCACUGCCUUGAUUUAGUCCUUGAAGACAUUGGGCAACUUCCGGUAUUUUAUAAUACCAUCACCAAUGCAAAGAAAAUAACAACAUUCAUUUAUAGGCAUACAUGGGUCUUGAACUUGUAUAGAAAAUAUUCCAAGGGACGAGAAUUAGCUAGACCGGCAGUGACAAGAUUUGCAACAGCUUAUCUUACACUAAGUUGCAUAUUCCGGCAAAAGAAUGCUCUUCGAACCAUGUUUGCUUCAGAUGAUUGGGUUUCUGGUUCUUUUGCUAGUAAAAGUGAGGGUAAGCAAGUGGCGGACAUGAUUUUUGGGGAUUCUAGAUUUUGGAGUUCCAUCAAAUAUUGCUUAAAGUGUGUGAGUCCACUUGUAAAAGUUUUGAGACUUGUAGAUGGUGACUCUAAACCUGCUAUGCCAUAUAUUUAUGAAGCAAUGGAUAGGGCCAAAGAAGAGAUUGCUGACAAUUUUGAAAAGAAAGAAUCAAGGUAUAAAAAGAUAUGGAAGAUUAUUGAUACUCGUUGGAAUUUGCAACUACAUAGACCCCUCCAUGCGGCUGCCUACUUUCUUAAUCCUAAGUUCCAUUAUGAUGAAAAAUUUAAUGCGGAUCAAGAAGUUUAUUUUGGUUUAUAUGAAACUAUUGAGAGAAUGAUUCCGGAUAGAAAGACAAGAUUUUUAGUUGAUCAACAACUCGAGGCAUUCAAGUCUGCUAAGGGACUUUUCGGAAGGAGCAUGGCAAUAGAUACUAGAAACAAAAAGCAACCUGGUAUUAUUCUCUAGUCUAUACUAUCUAUAAGAAUUUAAUUUUUAACCUUAAUAAUAAAUCUGAAUUU